GAAUGUGUCCUUGCAUUGGGGAUCGACACAAGAAAGGCAAUGCAAACCUGAAAACUCCAACCAGUCAUUUCCUGGAUUACAUCCCUUUCAAUACUAGAGAGAAACGUUAUUUGUCUGUGUGUGUGUGUGUAUGUACAUUGGUCUAGUCGUACUAUCUAGAAAGCUUUCAGUCAAUCGAGUAAACCCUAGAAAAUGAUGCACAAUAAAAAAGAAAGCCUCGAUGUGGCGGUCCUUCGCGAAAAGAUUCGCAUCAAAAAAAUCGACCGGAAAGUCUACAUGGAUGAAAUGGAAAGAGUCCUGAACGGAAACAGAGAGAAGAGAAACGCUUUGCGUAUCGGGAACGACUGUCUGCGAUUUAUGACGCGGCGACAAAAUAACAUGACAAGGGCCAUCAACACAAAGAUAUUCGAGAGUCGACCCAACAGCGAGAAACUGCCAAUGAUGAAAUGUGACCUCACAACUUCCAUUGUCAAGAACGAUAACAAGCUGUUUAAAUAUGGUAAGAGGCUGAUGAAGCAGGACUACAAGAGGGAACAGAAAGAGUAUGUCAAGAAGUUUCAGGAGGAAGAGUUGGCCAGGGCGCUGGAGGAGAAAGUGCGUUCAGAGGAGGAGUUUCACAGAGAGUGUGAGUCUUUUCUUAGCCGGCAAGUCCGAGUGGAAGAGAGUAAAAACAGAUUGGUCUCCGCUAAGCUGGUUUACAAAAAUCUGCAGAAAGUAUUGGCAGAACUGGACAAGAAUUUAAUGGAGUAUCCUUUCAAGAUCAAAGAAAUCGAAGAUAAAAUCAUUGACAGAAAGAAGGAAGUCAGUGAUUUUCUGGAGCUAAAGGCCGGCGCCUUGAGGUUCUUAGAUAUUGAAGAGACACAGCUUGGACCGCUGAAUGAGGAACUGAAAAUAGUCAACGCCCACUUCGAGAAAAUUAUCAGCGUCAAGAAACAAGAGCUCGAUGACAGGCGGAAGAAUAAUUCUUUGGGCAAGUUUUUGGCAGAGAGAGAAACUCACGGAUUCAAUUUCACCGGAAGUUCAAACAUUCAGGAAAUGAAGAUCAAAGCUAGGAACAAGGCUUUGGUCAACGCACAAGACAUGAUUCUCGAUCUCAUGGACGCCAUGUUAGUGUCGGACAUUAAGUUCGUGGUCGAUUGCAUUGUGGACCAAGAUGACGUCACCAGGUUGCUGCGGAACGAGAAAGAGGACAAGAUGAAAGACAAUGAGUUUCUGAGAGCUGACCUGGCCAGGCUGACCCGUAACCACAGCGUACUGAUGUACAACGAUGUCAAACAGGCCAAGGUCCGUGAACAAUUAGAGGACUCCCUGAAGAUCGAGAAAGCCGAACGUGAGCGAUUCGAGGCUCUCGAGCUCUGUCUGCGCAACCAGGAUCGACUGUUGUCGGAAAUCGCUGUCUCGCUGCAAGCCAUGUUUGAAAAGAUGCGCCCCAUCAAAGUUGCUGAUGAGAACAACAUCUACAAAGGAGACCUGAUUGAAGACAUUCGUAACUUUAUAGUGAAACUUCAGAAGACAAAAUCGCUGAUCGAGAAGCGAACGGUACCCGUUGGAAGAGUCAAGCCACUUAUGCUACGCCUAUUUAAAGAGAAGAGAAUCCCACAGGACUCCAUCCGUGUCGAGGUACAGCAUUCCCUCAUCGCCGGACAGAUGACCGCCUUCGAAGCCUUCGAAUCUGACCAGCCGGGAUACAUCUCCCGCGAAAUGCUCAAGGCUAGGGCGGAAGAGCUGAGCGCCAAGAACAAGAAGAUUAAGGCUCCUUAACGUCUUAGGGCCAAGACUGUCGAUGUGUGCUUUUCCUAAAAAUACAAUGUAAAAAGAUAAUCGCUGAACAAGAUAAGAGAAAGUGGUUUAUAUAAUUUUAUUAUUUCAAUGUUGAAAACAAACAGGAAUCCAAAAAUCUUUACAUUUUUUGGACCAAACUUUUAUUUUAUGGAAUGUCUUUUUUUAAACUAUAUAAACUCAACAAAUUUUUAUUAACUUUUAUUAAAGCACUAGUCCCUAGAGGAUACCAGACUACACAUUUCUUGAUGGUUCUUUUAAUUUUUAGUUGUUUGCUUUGAGGUCACAUCAAAGAGAACUUCUUUUGGAGGGCUAGAGAGCUCCACAUCUUUUCGCCAAGAGUUUCCCUUUCAGUGUUCUACUUUUGCCUAAUUUAUAAUAUAUGUAGUUUUAGCUUAUCUAGAAGGUUUAUAAUUAUAUUUAUUAUUAAAUCAUAAGGUCAUUCGGAAAUAUAGUCCUUGACUCUUGUCGGUCUCUGCAACUGAUUCUUUGGUUGCUGAGCGUUAUGUGUAGUUCGUUUGAUUUCCAAUAAGUCAUCUGAUUUUAAAAAAUUACAAAUAAAAUUAUUAAUUGUGGCCUAGAUUUAGGUAGAUUGGGUUAUAGAAUUUGUAUUGUGUGAGUUUUCGCAUAUAUCGUAUGUAUAAUUGAGACUUACGUCUAGUAGAAAUUCAGUACAAUGUCUAAUUGUUUUGCUGGUGACUUUAAAUUUGCAGUGUUAGUUUUCACAUAAGAAAUUUUUCAUAGAUAAUAUACAUUAAAUUUUAUCUCAGAUACACGAAUUUGCAAUUCUGUUAAUAUUUGUGAAAGUGGAGAACAUGGAAUCUUAUAUGUAUUUAUAAAUGUUUGUUUAACUCCAGUUCAGCGGUGUUUAUUACUCACUUGUCUCCCUUGUUCGUAAUGCCUAUGGUUUUAAGAACAUGUUAGCCGCAUAGCUCAUAAUUAGGCUUAUAUAGACUGAUCUUUUACUUUCUAAACUUAUGCACUGACAACCUGGGGAUGAAAAAUGGCUUUUAAUUUAUAUUAUAUAUACACUCUUUAUAUAAGCCUCUGGAAAUAUAAAUAUUGGAUUCGUUA